UUAUAUUAGCUAUUUUUAAUGCAAUUAAUCUUUCCUUAUGCAUGUUUGGUAUUCUUUAAGAAUUAGUGAUUUCAUUUCUAAGGGGAAGCUGAAGAAUAACAUUUUCUGAUCUAAUUUAUAUUCUUCAACAAUAAAAUCUGGAAGAAAAAUCAAAACAUAUAAACUUGAAUCCUGAUGUCAAAUUUUUACAUUAUAUACAGUUGAAUAUAUAUAUUUAUUUUUUCUCUCAAACGUAUCUUAAAAGUAUUUCAAUAAUAAUCAAAAGGAUUCAUACAUUUGACUCUAAAAUAUCCAACCAUAAUUAUAUUGUAAUAAGAAUAAUAUUUUUCAGUAGUUCGAUUGUGUUUUCAGAAAAUAUAAUAUUCUAUUGCAUCACAUCUCAAACCAAAGUCCACUUCAGUAUGCACAACAAUUAUUUUGUUAAAAAGAGCAUUUUUUGGAGUUCAAUGUUGAGUAUAUAAAAAAUUGUUAUGAACAUUUAGCUCAGCGGUUUAUAUAAAACCAGAGCAAACUACAGAUGUCUCCCUUUUGUAUUUAGGUGAUUAUUUGUAGGUAUGUCUCAUAGUGAUAAUUUCUUCAGUAGACCUUGUCUGAAAUAUCUAUUUUAUAUUACACUAUCCAUUUCACAAAAAGUACUGUUCUUGAAAUCAUUUCUUUUGAAUAUAAUACUAAUAAAGAAUUAUUUUGAUGAAUUUAACAGCAUAUUUCUAUAAAUGUAACAGAAUAUAUUGUUGAUGUUAUACAAAAGUAUUGUCAUGAAUACCAAUAUUUUUGUAAUGGAUGCCACUUACACUAUUAGCAGAACAACUUUUCUAUUAUAAUGGUAACAGAAAAUUCUUUGUAUUUAUCAAGUUUUUUUUCAAUUGAGUUCUAACAAAAGCGCUUGUAUUGAUUCAACCGUAGAUACCUACAUUUCGAAAUUUAUGGUUGGUACUAACCUGUUUUCUCACUAGAGUAUAUAAGUUAUUUUUAAGAAUUCUAGUCAUUCUCAAUAUUCGAAAAAUCACUAAAACUUCACUGAGCAUCACUAUUCAGAGCCUAGAUAGUGAAACUCCUUUUUUGUUUAAAAUUGGCUUUAGACUAUCCGUCAUUCAACCAGUUUAUAUAUUUGUAUACAAAUUCAUUACCUAAAAAUUAUUAUAUUCGAAGAGAGAAGCACUAUUUUUCUUUUGACGAAACAAUCAACAUUCAAAAAAGGUAACCUAUGUUUUAAGUGGAACUCUCCUUUAUCUCUUCAGUCAAUCAUUUUUAUUCGAGUUCUUUUUAUUGUUAUCUAUUUUUGCUGAUAAUAAAUGCAAAAUGUGAAAAGGUUAGUGAAUUCUCUAUUUUGUUGUAUUACGUGCUAAUAUAAUUGCAGUUAUAUCUGAAGUGUGAAGAGAAAGAUGAUUCUACCCAUCUUAAUUUUAGUGAUAUUUUUGUUAGUCAUCCUUAAAUAUGUGUUCAAGGAUAUCGAUGAGUCAGAGAAAAUUUUCCAGAAGAUUCCUGGUCCGAAAGGAUUUCCAUUUUUUGGAAAUAUCCAGGAUUUAUUCUGCAAUGAUGAGGUCAGAUGGAAUAGAUUAAGGGCUAGAGCUCUCAAAUAUUAUCCCAUAUUCAAAAUGGAGGUUCUCAAUCAAAAGAUGGUUCAUUUAUUUGAUCCAUCAGACAUACAGGUCAUUUUAAGUAAUCCCAAAUAUAUUUCGAAAGGAAUAUUUUAUGAACCAAUGAGAUAUUGGUUGGGAGAUGGAUUAUUAGUAUCUGCAGGGGAAAAGUGGAAGAAAAACAGAAGAUUACUUACAAAAAGUUUCCAUUUUGGUGUUCUGAAAAAUUACAUGCAUAUCUUCAAUGAACUAUCGGAAAAUUUGAAGAGUUGCUUGAAUUCGAACAAUGGAGAACCUACUGAACUCAUUUCUGUUAUGGAAUACCACUCUUUGAAUAUAAUUUGUACAACUUUAGCUGGAGAUCAAUUUGGUAUAGAAAAAACAUCAAAGAAGUUCUUGAGUUCUUUAGAAACUCUAACCAGGAUGGUUUAUAUAAAAAUGACUGUACCACUUAUGAAUUUCCUGUAUAAGUUCACAUAUUUGCUCAAAGAAGAGACAGAAGCCAUGAAGAGUUACAAAGACUUCGCACGUGCUCUCAUUGAAAAAAAUCGCGACUCGAAUGAUGUAGACGACGAUACCGACCUUCCAAGGUUAUUGAAAAUACUUUCACGAAAUUUUGAUUCUCAGGGUGUGGAAGAGCAAAUGAAUACAUUUUUAUUUGCUGUGAGUGAAAAAUUCAAAAUUCACUCCUUCUGAUUUUGAUCAUUAACAUGUUAU